UUCAACUUCACCAGUACACAAAUAGAAAGCGCUAGAACGGCACCGGCGUUCCGGCAGUGGUUACAAAAUUUAAGGCAAGUCAGGAAAGCUGUUCAUUUAACGUGACUUACCUAAUUAAAUCGAAGGGGUUCGUUAUAGACAGACAGUUGUAUUCAAAAGGAUUCGCCAUAACGUAUUCGUCGAUCGUAGACUUUAACAUCACAGAUUGAGUUCAAACCAUAUAACUACCACCAACACUGACGAAAUUUUUAACAAGACCGCUAACUGUGAAGUACAAGAGCUAAAAUUGGCAACGCAACACAAAGCCCUGCUGCAUCAAGCUAUCUCGACUGGUCGUGAUUGGUCGGGGGUCGUACGUAAAUUAAAAAAAUAUCACGUUGGGAAUGGCAUUGGACUUUCUUGCAGGAUGUCUUGGAGGUGCUGCUGGUGUCAUAGUAGGACACCCCUUUGAUACUGUCAAGGUUAGACUCCAGGUCCAGUCUGUCAACAAGCCCCUCUAUCGUGGGACGUUUCACUGCUUUCAGUCCAUUGUACGGCAGGAAUCUCUUUUGGGACUGUACAAGGGCAUUGGCUCCCCCAUGAUGGGUCUGACUUUCAUCAACGCCAUAGUCUUCGGUGUCCAGGGCAACGCCAUGCGGCGGCUGGGCAAGGACACGCCCCUGAACCAGUUCCUGGCGGGUGCGGCGGCGGGUGCCAUCCAGUGCGUCAUCUGCUGCCCCAUGGAGCUGGCCAAGACGCGCAUGCAGAUGCAGGGCACAGGCGAGAAGAAGUCCACGAGGAAGCUCUACAAGAACUCCCUGGACUGCCUGGUGCGCAUCUACAACAAAGAGGGCUUCAAGGGCAUCAACCGGGGCAUGGUCUCCACCUUGGUGCGCGAGACGCCCGGCUUCGGCGUCUACUUCAUGACCUACGACGUGCUGACGCGCUCGCUCGGGUGCGAGCCCGAAGACUCCUACAUGAUCCCCAAGCUGCUCUUCGCCGGCGGCAUGGCCGGCAUCGCUUCCUGGAUCUCCACCUACCCCAUGGACGUCAUCAAGUCCCGCCUCCAGGCCGACGGGGUGGGCGGGGUCAACCAGUACAGCGGCAUCACAGACUGCGUACGGCAGAGCUGGAAGCAAGAGGGCUGGCGGUUGUUAACCCGCGGCCUGACCUCCACCCUGCUGCGGGCCUUCCCUGUCAAUGCCACCACCUUCGCCUCCGUGACUCUGUUCCUCAUGUACAUGCGGGGGAAUGAGGAGCCGAUGGAUUGUGAGCCUACCCCUCACGCCCUGCAGCCACAAAGCCAGACCUCCAGUUUGUGACUUUAGAUCUAGCUCCUCCUGCUGGGAGGAGGGCCUCAGUACAGCAGCUGAUAACUUCCAGCCCAAUAGCAUAUAUUUUUAUAUGAUAUAUGUGUAAAUAACAUAUCCUGACUUCUUUUUAUGUAAUGUCUUGUAUAAAGAAACUUUUUUAACUGACCUUUUUUUCCCUACUUUGCCUUAUCUGGUAGAUUUCCUCAGAGAAAUGGAAAAGCAUCCCUACAAAUCUGAAAAAUGGAAGCACAGUGGUAGCAGAAGUCAGGACUCAGAUUGAGUCAUCUUACCCUCGUGGCUUACUUCAAGUUUAGAGCAGUUGUCCAGGAGAUGCUCAAGUACUGUGUCCUUCUCUGCAUGUCUCCAUUGCACUGAUAUUACUUGACAGUCCACAUCGUUGGCUAUAGCAGCAAAGUGUAUAGUAUGUAAACUUGUUGAGCGGUGUGUGGUGCCUGGUACACACUACACGAUUUUUGAAAAAUUACAGAAAAUUAAGGUGACAUAAGUGACGUCUGACCAGCAGCGGAAUCCGGUGCGCAGUCAUUUUGAAGUGGGGAAUUUUGCACUGUGUCAGUACCACAGAGGCAUCAGGCAUACAGUGCUGUCCACUAGUCAGUACCCAGAGGCAUGAAGCCAGAGGCAUACAGUGAUGCCCACUAGUCUCUAACACUGCCCAAUAAGGUUAUGCAUAAGUGUAGCAAUAGUGAAUAUAUACACUGGUAAGCGAGAAUACACAAAAGAAAAAACGCAACCAUCCUCCCUGCUCCAUUUCCCAUUUGGAUAGAACAUAAACUCAAAGCAUUCCACUAUAUAAUUUAGAGUCCCUUAGUUUAAGUAUCUCUUGUGGUGUGGCACACUUGCUUUGAUUUAACAUAUUGAUCUACAUAUGAAGAUAUGUAAAUGUAGAUGUUGAUAGAAAUGUUGAUGUUUGUCAGAAUAGAAAAAGAAAUAUAAACAUGAUAAAGUAUUUGCUUUUUAAAAAUGGAACCCAAUCAAGCCUCAGCUAUUACUAAGCAUGAUAUGUAAAGCCAACUGGCUCUAUAAAGCAGUUUGUCAUUGAAGAAACACUUGCACUAUUCAGUAUUUAUAUAUACACAAGUCGCUGUUAUUCAUUGAAAGUUUGUAAUUUAUUUGGCAUAAGACUUUAACACGGUUCAACAUCCACAAGCAGUUCAAAAGGUUGUCCAAAAGGUUUAAGUUUUAAACCACAGCAUGAUUUAAACAUGCACGUGCAGGGGUAAUAAAAGUAGCUAAUUCUGGGCCAAAGUCAUGCAGUGUGUACCAGGGUUAAGGGAUGUUGUUAAUGACUGCAAUGUGCGUUUCAUUCCUCUGUAUGGAUUUCAGUGCUUUUCACAAUGCAGUUGAACUGAUCUCUAAAGCUUCUCUGAUAAAAGCCUCACUUAUAGUUUUUGUCUGAGCUCACAAGUCUGAGCUCCCCUGUGUCUUCCGUGUUUUCUUUGGAGUUACUGAGCUGCAUAGGUACAGUGAUAGUCAUUAGAGGCGAGAGUAUUUUUCUUGCGAAACCUGCUAGAAAUAUUUUUCUGUGGGGAUUGACAUUCCAAAGUAGGGUGUGUCCUUGGAAGUUGACUACUGCUCUUAAGGGCUCCUCAAAGUCUUGCACUCUUCUCACCUGUCCAUUUUUGUGGUGAAUACUGUACUUUUGACCUGAGCAGCUGAUUUAAAAUUGACCAUGUGUUUGUUCUCCAGUGAAACUGUUUUUUUUUUGUGAGGAGCAUGAGAGUGUUGGUAAAAAACACUGAAUAGGUCAUCUGUUUUUUUUUUUAAUGUUACAAAGGUAUAUUUAGAAUGAGGGUGAUGCAUGUGUAAUGCUUCUAGAAACCACUAUUUAUGAUGAUAUUGAAUGUUUGAAUUGUUUGCAUACUGUGAACUAACAGUAACUGAUUUUAUGAUUUUAUGUAUUGCACAUGCUGCCCAAGAGCUUUUUUUUCUUUUUAAAUAACUGCACGGAUAGAAAGGCAUUGGGUGUGUGUGUGUGUGCGUGUGUGUGUGUGUUGUUUACCACUAAAAAAACUGCAUCUGUCAUCCCUGGCUGACUUAUUGGAGGUUCCUUUUAGCCAAUUUGCACAUAAUUUAUCUGACCACUGUCUGAAGUUCUGACUAUCAAGCCAUUAAUCACUACUUUAACAUACUUAUGUUCAGCAGAACUGCUCCUUCAAGAAAAGCGUAGAAGUGGAUCAGCUUGUGUGUGCUUUGUUGUAAAAAAGCCACAUUGUUUUUUCUUUUCGUUAUUAGUAAGGAAACCCAAGAGUGUGUCUCUGAGGUGUUUUUUGAUACUGGUAGGGGCAGUAAUUGUUUGAACCAAAUUUGUUACAUUUUGUUAGGGCUGAAAUAGUUUUAAAGGGCACAGUAGUUUCUUGUAUAAGUGGGAAAUGCUUUAUUUUGUAAGAUUAAGAGGGUAUGGAUCGGUCCAUCUACAUUAUUAAUGUUAGUACUGGGACACUUUUUCCGAUACCAAAGCAGUGUGUAACAAUGUAUGGGUGAAAGGUGAAUAAAGUGGUUCCCAACUGA